AGAGGAAGAAGACAGCAGUCCUGGAGUGUCCUUCUCACUCUCUUCAGAAGAGUCGGAGAUGGAGCCUGAGGAAGAAAGGAUCCGUUACAGCCAAAGACUGCGUGGCACGAUGAGGCGGCGUUAUGAGGACGAUGGCAUCUCCGACGAUGAAAUUGAAGGGAAGAGGACAUUUGACCUCGAGGAAAAGCUGUCCACCAACAAGUUUAACUCCACCUUCGUGGUCUUCAUGGAAGGCAAAGACUUCACAGUUGAAUACAUCCAGCGGGGUGGCCUGAGAGACCCUCUCAUCUUCAGGAGCUCUGAUGGCCUGGGAAUAAAGAUGCCAGAUCCGGACUUCAGCGUGAAUGAUGUGCGGCUGUGUGUCGGGAGCCGACGGAUGGUGGAUGUCAUGGAUGUGAACACGCAGAGGGAUAUUGAGAUGUCCAUGGCACAGUGGGCACGCUACUACGAAACACCGGAGGCCGAGCGGGAGAAACUUUACAAUGUCAUCAGCCUGGAGUUCAGCCACACCAAACUGGAGAACCUGGUGCAGAGACCUGCUACGGUGGAUUUGAUUGACUGGGUUGAUAACAUGUGGCCCAGACACCUGAAGGAGAGCCAGACAGAGUCUACAAAUGCUAUCCUGGAGAUGCAAUAUCCAAAGGUGCAGAAAUACUGUCUGAUGAGUGUCAAGGGCUGCUACACAGAUUUCCACGUGGACUUCGGUGGUACUUCUGUGUGGUACCACAUCCACCGAGGGGGAAAGAUCUUCUGGCUGAUCCCUCCUACACCCCAGAACCUGGAGCUCUAUGAAAACUGGCUUCUCUCAGGGAAGCAGGGAGACAUUUUUCUUGGGGACAGAGUGUCAGAGUGCCAGCGCAUCGAGCUCAAGCAGGGCUACACAUUUGUCAUCCCCUCAGGUUGGAUCCAUGCUGUGUACACUCCCAUGGACACGCUGGUUUUUGGAGGCAACUUCUUACACAGCUUCAACAUCCCUAUGCAGCUCCGGAUCUACAGCAUCGAAGACCGCACGCGGGUCCCAAAUAAGUUUCGUUAUCCCUUCUAUUACGAGAUGUGUUGGUACGUGCUGGAGCGCUAUGUCUACUGCAUCACUAGCCGCUCACACCUGACCAAGGACUUCCAGAAGGAAUCGCUCAGUAUGGAUAUGGAGCUGAGCUCCUCGGACUCGGUAAACAUGGAAGAAGAGGAGGAGGAGGAAGAAGAGGAGGAUGCAGCAGGGAAGGAACCCAGGCGACCGGUCACAAGGCGGUCCAUUCUCACCAGCCCCAUAGCCAACGGUGCCAAUGUGGACUAUGAUGAACUGGGCAGGAGCUGCCGGAGCAGCCUGCCAGGUCUGAAGAAGACCCCAUCUAUAGACUCUUCUGACUCCAGCCGGGGCUCCCAAAAUGGCCAGGCCUGGGACCCGAACAGUGGCAGCCCACGCAAGAGCAGGAAGGUGCACCUGACGCAGUUUGAGCUGGAGGGGCUGCGCUGCCUCGUGGACAAACUGGAGUCGCUCCCUCUGCACAAGAAGUGCGUUCCCACCGGCAUUGAGGAUGAGGACGCCCUCAUCGCUGACGUCAAGCUGCUGCUAGAAGAAUACGCGAACAGCGACCCCAAACUGGCACUUACAGGCAUUCCCAUCGUCCAGUGGCCCAAGAGAGAUAAGCUAAAGCUCCAGGCCCGGCUGAGGGUGCGCCUGCCCACCAUCCCCAUCACCAAGCCACACACCAUGAAGCCGACCCCCCGCCCGACACCCGUCAGGCCUACGGUCUCUCCCAUCGUGUCAGGCGCCAGGCGGAGGCGGGUGCGGUGCCGAAAAUGCAAGGCUUGCAUGCAGGGCGAGUGUGGCAUGUGCCACUAUUGCAGGGACAUGAAGAAGUUUGGCGGGCCUGGCCGCAUGAAGCAGUCCUGCGUCCUCCGGCAAUGCUUAGCGCCCAGGCUGCCUCACUCGGUCACGUGUGCACUUUGCGGGGAGGUGGAUCAGAACGAGGACUCACAGGACUUUGAGAAGAAGCUCAUGGAGUGCUGCAUCUGCAACGAGAUUGUUCACCCUGGCUGCCUGCAGAUGGAUGGGGAAGGACUGCUCAACGAUGAGCUCCCUAACUGCUGGGAGUGCCCCAAAUGCUACCAGGGUGACGACGCAGAGAAGGGCCAGGAGGGCGAGGAGGAGGAGGACCAGAAGGGGGAGGAGGGGGGGGCGGCCCGGCUCAACGGCCGAGGGGGCCGGGUGCAGGAGGGCGAGGAGAGCUGGAUGCAGCGCGAGGUGUGGAUGUCCGUCUUCCGCUACCUCACUCGCAGGGAGCUCUGCGAGUGCAUGCGGGUGUGCAAGACCUGGUACAAGUGGUGCUGUGACAAGAGAUUGUGGACAAAGAUAGAUUUGAGCAGGUGCAAGUCCAUCACCCCCCAGGCGCUGAGUGGCAUCAUCAAAAGACAGCCGGUCAGCCUCGACCUCAGCUGGACCAAUAUCUCCAAAAAACAGCUUACGUGGCUCGUCAACAGGCUGCCAGGCCUGAAAGACCUCAUCUUAGCGGGCUGUUCCUGGUCUGCGGUCUGUGCUCUCAGUACCUCCAGCUGCCCCCUUCUCAGGACCCUCGAUCUUCGGUGGGCAGUAGGAAUCAAGGACCCUCAGAUCCGGGACUUACUCACGCCUCCGACAGACAAACCCAGUCAGGACAAUCGCAGCAAACUCCGCAACAUGAUCGAUUUCCGGCUCGCCGGCCUGGACAUCACCGACGCCACGCUGCGGCUGAUCAUCCGCCAUAUGCCCCUGCUCUCCCGCCUCGACCUCAGCCACUGCAACCACCUUACGGACCAGUCAGCCAACCUCCUCACGGCCGUGGGCUCUUCCACACGCAACUCCCUCACCGAGCUCAACAUGGCAGGCUGCAAUAAGCUGACGGACCAGGCCUUGCUGUACCUGCGCCGCAUCUCCAACGUCACUCUAAUCGACCUGCGAGGUUGCAAACAGAUCACCCGCAAAGCCUGUGAGCACUUCAUCUCGGACCUGUCCAUCAACAGCCUCUACUGCCUGUCCGAUGAGAAGCUGAUCCAAAAAAUCAGCUAGAGACCCUCCCCGGGGCAGACUGAGGAGAAGGAAAAGAGCCCAUCCCACCCCUCUCGGAGAGCCGCUCCUCCACAUCCCCACCUUGCCAUCUGUGUCCUGCCGCUGCCUCCCACCUGACUCGGCAGGCAGGGCCGCUGCUGGCCUCGCUCCACCGUCCUUCCUCCUCCUCCCCCGGGACUUCUGCCGAUGAAGAUGUCCCGCCAGGCUGGCCAGUACCAGAGGAGGAACGGGCAAAUGGCAGGGAGCCUCAGCCCAGAGGCUGGCUGCUCCCAAGGCGGAGGUUGUAAUAAGAGAUCUCUGUGCAGAGAAAUGGGGCACCCUCUUCCCCCAGCUUUUCCCCUCCUCCCCGUCAUCUCCUUGCCUUGAAACACUUGUCACUUCCCCCGUUAGCACAAAGCUUGAGGGUCAAGGUCUCUCCAAGGAAGCGGGAGCAGAGCUGGAACAAAACGUACCCCCUCCGGGCCACCACCAGCUCGUUGCUUGCCCUGCGCUCUCAGCCCCCUUAACGAUUUCCC